CUCGUCCGGAUUAGUAGGAAGGCUGUCUGUGCGCAACAUUCUAGGCGUUUUGAUUGGGUGCCCUGCUGAUGAAGAAAGGUUUCAUUGGAUGCAUCCCUAGUGUUUUUACCUUUUUACCGUGGGGACCCUUGUCAUUCCCGACACGCACUGACCAUUCCCAUCAACGACUACUGGCCCAAAACAGCUACCUAUAUACCUUCAAUUAUACUCACCCUACGUUGGUAGUCACUGGAAAAUACUGCGAAUGGAAAGUUAUUAAGGGAGAAAUAUUUGAAAUAUAUUUUCAUAAUCUUAACAAUUAUAUUUAACUAAGACGUACCUAAGGUUAUUGCGCGGUGGAAGAAGUUACGUUAUCAGGAGUCUCGCUUGAGCAAUUGAGAUUCCUUGGGAACAAAGGAAUUCUAUUAUAUAACUUUGACUUUGAAGCUAUCGUAGUUAGAGUUCCUCACGGAACAACGAAAUUUUUACCCUA